CCUGCCUCAGGGUCCCGCCCCCUGCUGCCCGGGACGCGCGCCUCAGAGCCGGCGGCGAGCGUCCGCGGCGAGGUUCGGGCAGCCGAGCGUCUGCGGCUGAGAGCCAUCUCUGAAGAGAAGAUGGGGAAAGGCUGCAAGGUGGUGGUCUGUGGCUUGCUGUCUGUGGGGAAGACGGCGAUUUUGGAGCAGCUCCUUUAUGGGAACCAUACUAUUGGACUGGGGGACUGCGAGACGCUGGAGGACGUGUACAUGGCGUCGGUGGAAACGGACCGGGGCGUCAAGGAGCAGCUGCACCUGUACGACACCCGAGGCCUGCAGGAAGGCGUGGAGCUGCCGAAGCACUAUUUCUCAUUUGCAGACGGCUUUGUUCUUGUGUACAGUGUGAAUAACCUUGAAUCCUUUCAAAGAGUGGAGCUUCUGAAGAAGGAAAUUGAUAAGUUCAAAGAUAAAAAAGAGGUGGCGAUCGUUGUUCUAGGGAACAAAAUCGACCUUUCGGAGCAGAGACAGGUGGACGCCGAGGUGGCCCAGCAGUGGGCCAGGAGCGAGAAGGUGCGCCUGUGGGAGGUGACGGUCACCGACCGCAAGACCCUCAUCGAGCCCUUCACCCUGCUGGCCAGCAAGCUCUCGCAGCCCCAGAGCAAAUCCAGCUUCCCUCUGCCCGGCAGGAAGAACAAAGGCAACUCGAGCUCGGAGAACUAGAACUUGAGGCGCACCAGCGUCCUUCAGUCAGGGCUGUCUCUAGGUGUCUGUGAACAUGUUCAAGCCAGGCCGUUUGCGUCUGCCUUGGUUCCUAGGAAACCUCUGAUGCACUUUCAUUUAUCAUCAAGUUACUCGGGCCAAGUUGUAUUGCCUGAUUUGAAAUCAUGCAUUUGCACCCUCCUUGCUUGAAACUUGUCCCUGAAUCGAGCACCUGUGCUAUUUACAUCACAUUGUACUUGAAUAAAGCUCGGCUGUAUGCAGGUGACC